GGGCGGAGGCCCUCUGGGGCUUUUGUGCCGAGUGGGCCGGCCUGCAAAGCUGGCAGUCCACAGACGCGGGCAGAACCGUGGUGGAGGAAAGCUCCGGGGCCCACUGCUGGGCGGAUAGAAAUCAGAUCGGCAGUGCCCACAACGUGAGCAUUCCCGGUGUCUCCGCCCGAAGAUAAGAUUCAGUCAUGAAAAGGAAUAAAGUACAAACGCAUGCUACAAUAUGGAUGAGCCUUAAAAAUACUAUACUAUGAGGACUGGAGAAAUGGUUUAGCGGUGAAGGUGCUUGCCUGUGAAGCCAAAGGACCCAGAUUUUAUCCUGAUGGCUGACUCAAAACCACUCCCUGCCCUGGAUGGGGACCGGGUUGCUGUGGAGACCUUGCUCCAGGACGUGUUUGACAUUGUUGUGUCUGAGGUCAUUCGGAAAGGGACCAGUGCCUCAGAGAAGGUCUGCGAGUGGAAAGAGCCCGAGGAGCUCAAGCAGCUGUUGGAUUUGGAGUUGCAGAGCCAGGGCGAGCCGCAGGAGCGGAUUCUGGAGCGCUGCCGGGCUGUGAUUCGCUACAGUGUCAAGACCUGUCACCCCCGGUUCUUCAACCAGCUCUUCUCAGGGUUGGAUGCCCAUGCUCUGGCUGGACGCAUCAUCACGGAGAGCCUCAACACCAGCCAGUACACAUAUGAGAUCGCCCCUGUGUUUGUACUCAUGGAAGAGGAGGUGCUAAAGAAACUUCGAGCCAUGGUUGGCUGGAGCUCUGGCGAUGGGGUCUUCUGCCCUGGUGGCUCCAUCUCCAACAUGUACGCCAUAAACCUGGCCCGCUAUCAGCGCUACCCGGACUGCAAGCAGAGGGGCCUCCGGGCACUGCCGCCCUUAGCUCUCUUCACGUCACAGGAGUGUCACUACUCCGUCAAAAAGGGAGCUGCUUUUCUGGGACUUGGCACUGACAGUGUCCGAGUGGUCAAGGCUGAUGAGAGAGGGAAGAUGAUCCCUGAGGAUCUGGAGAGGCAGAUCAGCCUGGCUGAGGCUGAGGGUUCUGUGCCGUUCCUGGUCAGCGCUACCUCUGGCACUACCGUGCUAGGGGCCUUUGACCCCCUGGAUGCAAUUGCUGAUGUGUGCCAGCGUCAUGGAUUGUGGUUACAUGUGGACGCCGCCUGGGGUGGGAGUGUCCUGAUGUCUCGGACGUACAGGCAUCUGCUGGAUGGGAUCCAGAGGGCUGACUCCGUGACCUGGAACCCCCACAAGCUCCUUGCUGUAGGCCUGCAGUGCUCUGCUCUUCUUCUCCGCGAUACGUCGAACCUGCUCAAGCGCUGCCACGGGUCCCAGGCCAGCUACCUCUUCCAGCAGGACAAGUUCUACGAUGUGACCCUGGACACUGGAGACAAGGUGGUGCAAUGUGGCCGCCGUGUGGACUGCCUGAAGCUGUGGCUCAUGUGGAAGGCUCAGGGCGGGCAAGGGCUGGAGCGGCGGAUCGACCAGGCCUUUGCCCUCACCCGGUACUUAGUAGAGGAAAUCAAGAAACGAGAAGGAUUUGAGUUGGUCAUGGAGCCUGAGUUUGUCAACGUGUGCUUCUGGUUCGUGCCCCCCAGUUUGCGGGGGAAGAAGGAUGCUCCGGAUUACAGCGAAAGGCUGUCUCGGGUGGCACCCAUUCUCAAGGAGCGCAUGGUGAAGAACGGCUCCAUGAUGAUUGGCUACCAGCCCCAUGGGACCCGGGCCAACUUCUUCCGUAUGAUUGUGGCCAAUCCCACACUGGCACGGGUGGAUAUAGACUUCCUUCUGGAUGAACUGGAGCGGCUGGGCCAGGACCUCUGAGUUUCUCUGUGUCUUAACUCCAGCCAGUCUCUGCAUUGCCUCUUGUGUUCUCAAAAGCAGCCUUUCUAGGAAACAAAGUGGCCCUGAUCAUGUGUUUGUAUGUGCUUUGGCACUUACCUCUCCUAGCUAAGUAUUUGCUAUUAAGAGCGUGUUUAAUACACAAUAAUACAUUCUUAUGA